AUGAAAUAUACGAAUCGUUCGUUUUUAACCUCAUCCCUCCACAACCAAUACAUGUCAAAUAGAGGAGGAAGAGGUGGAGGAGGAGGAGGAGGAAGAGGACGUGGUGGAGGUGGUCGUGGCGGAGGACGUGGAGGAGCUAGUGUUGGUAGUAUUAUAGUACGAUCAAACGCAAAAAAGAAUGCUCCAAGACGUGUUAGCAUCGGAGGAGGUGGUCACAACGGUGGCGGUAUGGAAGAAACUGUCGUUACUAUAGGUGGUCUCCCAAUGACAUCUGAUCCAAUAGAUGUCAUUGACUUUCUCAAAAAUAAAGCAUAUAAACCAAAUAUGCAUGUUAAAACUCAUUAUUAUAAAAAUCAAAAACUUGUAUUACAAUUAGAAAAACCAGAAGAUGUAGUAUCAUUACUUGGAGUUAGUGGAUCAAGAUAUAUUAAAGAUAAAUUAAUAAUAACAAGAGGAGAAGGAUCAGGACCAGGAAAUAAUAGAAUUAGACAAACAUUGGCACCAAGUCAACAAAAUAAUCACAAAUCAGCAAUGAAAGAAAAAAUAACUGAAAUCAACGCCAAGAUGAUAAAGAUUGAAAAACACAUUACCGCCACCUAUCAAAAAGAUUCACCAAUGCUCGAUCUUUCAUACCUUGCUAGUGGUCAUGGUGUAGAUAUGAACGAUCCAAAAAUCAUUAGACCUCUUCUCAGAAUCAUCACAGACAAAUUCCCAAAGGCAAACACUAUAUCAUUUGCACAUAAUAAUAUUACAACUUUGGCACCAUACUCUACCAUUUCAAAAUUCAAACUUGAUCAUAUUGUCAAUUACAGCUUUGAUUCAAACAAUUUAAACAAGUUUAGUGAAUUGGAUCAAUUAUCAGAAUUACCUCUUAGAGAAUUAUUACUUUCAAAUAAUCCAAUUAGUUCUUUACCAAAUUAUAGAAUGGAAGUUGCAAGAAGAUUUCCAGAUAUGAACUUCCUUGAUAGUGUUCCAAUUGGACCAUCAGAUUUUCCACCAAGUCCAAUUCCACCACUUAGACCAAGUUUUUUUGAAACUCCAGAUAGACAACAAUUUGCUCUUAGAUUUUUAGAAAAAUAUUUUACAUCAUUUGAUAAAAAAAGAGUAGAAAUUUCGAACGCAUAUUUUGGAGAAUCCAAAUUUUCAAUGACAUUUUCAUCGUCAGAAUCAAAUCACAGAGGUACAUCGAAAACCUAUAUCAGACAAAACAGAAACCUUAUAAAAUCACCCGAUUUGAUCAAAAAGACCAAUCUCUUGAUCUAUGGAUCAGAGAAAAUCACAGAUUUCUUCAAAAUCUUUCCAAUAACAGUUCAUAAUCUUGAAAGUUUUGUUGUUGAUGUCUUUUUUGUACCACCUGCUUUUCCAGGAGCUCCAGAGGCACUCUAUGUAAUAACACAUGGUCAUUUUACAGAAGCAAGCUUCUUUACAAAGAGAUCAUUUGAUAGAACCUUUGUCCUGGUACCAGCACAACCUGGAUCCGAAUCUGCUAAAAAUGGUUGGGAAGCUGUCAUUUUAAAUGAACAGUUAAACGUUAGACCAUAUAUCAGAUCGCCCAGAUUAGUAUCAUUGGACGGUGGUGAACCUACCGCUCCCAUUGCUGCUACUCCAAAUGGUGUUGCUGGCGGAGCAAACCAACCACCCGCAAACGAGGCAGAAAUCAUCCAACAAUUGAUGACAAUGACUUCAUUGAAUAAUCAAUUUGCAAAGGAUUGUCUUGUCAAUAGUGGUUGGGAUUUAAAUAUUGCUUUUACUACUUUUCAAAUGUUCAAGAGUCAAGGAAAAAUUCCAGAUCAUUGUUAUACAAAAUAA